UUCUUUGAUCCUUUCUGGGUCCUAAGUGGUUUAGAGGUUCGCGCUUUAAUUAUGAUGUGUCAGAGACGCCCACCAGGCCGAAAGAAUACAGCGAUAGAAGUGAUAACUCGAGUGAAGUUCGCGCAGUGAAAUGCACCAGCUGACCCGGACGCCGGCGCACUAAUUGUCAGUGGCUCUUCCCGGUUCCUCUCAACGAUGAUGCGCUCUGCCGGGAGUGCCGGUAUGUUACUUCUGGGCCACUGUAUUCACCAGCGUGCAUUCAGCACAAGUACAGUGGCACAGCACCUGCAGAAAAUGUCGCGCCUCCGAGUCGUGGACAACAGCGCACUGGGUCGCCAGGCCAUGAUGGAUGGAAAGCCACCAAAAAUCAUCCAUGUGUACAACAAGACUGGCUUUGCCACCAUUGGCGAUAAGGUGCUGGUGGCAAUCCUCGGCCAAAAGAAGAGGGGCUUCGUCGUGGGCUGCAAGCACAUGAAACAGCGGCCACUGGUGCCUCGCUACGACACAAACAACAUGGUUCUGCUCGACGACAGCGGCAACCCACUGGGCACCCGCAUUCUGGUGCCCCUGCCAUCGCUGCUGCGGGGUGAUAAACCACGCUACUCCAAGAUCCUGGCUCUCUGCUCGCGAUUUGUCUGAAGCCACUCGUUCAAGCCCUCUGCGGAAGUGACUGCACGUGUCUGGCACCUUUUUCCCACAUCAGAGCACAGUUUCAGAGGACGCUAAGUCAAGGAAUGCAGUCACUGUUAGUAAAAGCACCUUUUAACACACAGCCGUAUUUCGCCAGCAGAUAAUGUUUUCGCAAAUUGACAAAGGCUUCGAGGAAGUAGUUCAAGGGAAAUAUGUGGGUCGAAAGCGACCAACCAUUAGAAAUAAACUGCUACUGAAGCUUCAGAAAACGGUGGACCCCUCUACUAGCAAACUCUGUCAUGACAUGACUUUUUCUCUCUAUUGUGGGGGUGUGUGCACGUGUGUACAUAUAUGCAAAGGCUAGUCUUACGCACCAGCAGUGCAUUGUGGUGGGUUAGAAAUGAUUUUACAUAUUCAGAUAUGAAUAGCCGAUGACAUCUAGUAUGUAAACGUAGGCCAAACAUUGAAAUAUUGUUUGGGUUAACAUUAAAAUGUGCUUCCUCUAGA